AUGGAGCAGCAGCCAAACAGCACUACCAUCGAGAGCGGAGAUUCCGGCGAGGAAAUUAAGUCAUCAGUGGAGACCAAAACUACAAAACCCAACCCAAAUGAGGAGACCACCGCCGAGAGCAACAAGCUUCCUGACGCCAAUGUUCCUGAUGGUAAAAAAGAGAUCCCAGCUGGUGGUGAAGAAGGUGCCAAGAAGGACGACCAAGGUCCUGAUGUGGAGGACGAGGAAGACGAUGAGGAGGCGGAUUUAACUUACCACGAGAGCGACGAGGAAGAGGACGACGACGACGAGUCCUCUGAGGAGGAGGAGGAAGAUGAGGACGAUGAUGAGGACUAUGAGGAUGCUGCUGAUGAUGAAGAAGACGUGAGCAUCCGUUCAACUGGGAAGCGUACUCACGAAGAGUUGUCAGGCGAAGAAGACGAAAAAGGAGAGGAAAACGAGGAGCAAAGCAAAAGCCGCAAACGACGAUAG